UGCGCAUGCGUUUAGCCGCUGACAUGUGGGCAAUGGGAAAGUGCGCAUCGGUCAAUGAUUAACAAUCUAACAUAUUUAAACUCUGACACUCCUUCUAAAAUAUUGGUUACGCAAUAAGUGUAUAGAAAGCUACGCAUCUGUAUUUUUCUUUACAUGAGACACUUCAGCGCUAUGGCAGCCCUGCGAGCAGCUAAACAGGCGCUCAGGAAAGACAUCAAGAAGCGAGUGGCUGCUCUGAGUGACGAGGAGAAACUUCGCCAGGCUCAGAUUGUAUCACAAAAGCUGUUCAAACAUCCCAAUUACACAAGCAGCCAUCGUGUCGCCGUGUUUCUGAGCAUGCACGAUGAAGUUUGCACUGAGGCCAUACUUCGGCACAUGUUUAGCAGCGGCAAGGAUUGUUUCAUCCCUAGGUACCAGAGCAACAGCAACCACAUGGACAUGCUGCGGCUGAACAGUAUGGAGGACAUGAACUCGCUACCCCUCACCAGCUGGAACAUCCGGCAGCCCGCUGACAAUGACACAGAGAGAGAGGAAGCUCUCGCAACAGGUGGCUUAGACCUGAUCCUGAUGCCCGGACUGGGCUUUGAUAAAAAUGGCAAUCGCUUGGGCCGAGGUAAAGGCUUCUACGACUUGUACCUUCAGCGCUGUAUGAAGCAUCCUAAAGGCAAACCCUACACCAUCGCACUGGCCUUUAAAGAGCAGCUGUGUGAACAGGUUCCUGUGGACGACAGCGACGUACUUAUUGAUGAAAUUCUGUUUGAGGAUGCUUGAGCAGGAGCCAUCUCAACAACAACAACAAAAAAAAAUCUCCAAAUCAAUCAAAAGAGUUUACUCCGUAUGAUUCACAGAAAGCUACAAAGAUAAGUGGGUUAAGAAAUUGCAGCUUUUUCCAUGACUUCAGUCAAAUGGAAUCCAAUGAAACUGCUCUUGGUUAAGUCGGAAUAAUUAACUGACGGAAUGUUUUAUACGUUGUGAAGUGGAAAAAUCUACCUCUCAAUCUAAAUCUCAAUAGAAUCAACAACCCUGUGGAUAAAAACUACAUUUAAAGCUGAUGGUAAUUCAGCAUGUUCUGAUUUAGUGCUGUUUCAAUGUCUUUUAAUGUAUUACAAAUGGACCAGUUUAACUUUGAGGGGUGAAGACGUGCCUGAUUCACUGGGAUUGAUAAACUGCAGAGAGACAGAGAGGGAAGUAGCGAAACACGCUCCAAAAUUUUUAAAUAACAGUACACUAGUAAUAUUUGUGCAUCUGAUAGACAUAACAGACAUGCACUUCGAUUCCCAUGUCUCACUAUUUUCCUCAAAUACACCCCACUUCAAAUUCUGUAGCCAUAUGAGUAUUCUAGUGACUAGUCGACAGAUUUAAUGUCAAGACAAAAAAAUGUGCAGAUGUCCAUAGAUAAUUGGUCAUGUCCUCAUAUAUAGACGAAAUAUAAAUGUUUUGCGUUUACAGAAACAAGCUUAAGUUUCAGUCUGUGCAUUAUCCUUGUGCAUUACACAGGAGAUCAGGACAAAAGGGUAAUAAAUAAGAGCCUUUCAGUACAUCAUAUUACUUUCAUAUCUACGAAGUGAAAGUGUAGUGGUUGACACAGACGGUUUAAAAGCUGUGCAAAUGUCAAAUACUGUGAUUUUCCUCGUAAGCUAGUCAAGCCAAAGCAAAAUAAACAAGCAAUUAUAAUAGCAAGCAGUGACAAAAUGAAACACUUCUGUAAAUUGAGUCAUCACUUUAUGUUGAGUUUUCUGAUCAUCUUUGCCUGUUUAUGGAAGCUGUAGGCAUUGCUGCUUUUGUUGAUUUUGAAUAAACUGGAUUUGUGCUUAA